AUGCUCCAUAAAAUUAUUCUCGGGGAGAUUUCGUUCCCUCGGGUCUAUACCGUAGGUGGUACCAGCAACCAACAGAAGAAACCGGUCCCUUAUAAUUACAGGGUCCAUAGUAUCCAUCAGCAUCAGGAGGUCGUGAACAGAACGCAAGGUCUGUUGACUUCAGUUCGAGUACGCUCUAUCAGACAAACUGAUGUGUUGAGUUUGCCAUUUGCUCGAACUGCAACAUUUGAUAACUUGUUUAUUGUCACGGCAGUUAGGGUGUGGAACCAGUUACCGGAAGAAAUUGUGACGAUUACUGAUUACAAUGAAUUUCGAUCAAAGUGUUACAAAUUUUAUGUAGAUAAAGAUGAUAAAUAA